GUUUUAUUUGUGGAUUACGAAUGACACAGUGAGGAUUACAGUUUCAUUUAUUACUUUUUGUAAGCAAUAAAAUUCAUAUUUUUCCGUGUGAAUAUACUGUUUAGUAUUUAUUGACUGUAAAUCAAGUACAUCAGUAAUUGAUCAAGUAAAUCAAUUAGUGUUUUUAAUUAUCGUUUUUAUUUUCUCAAAAGGUUUUACACUUACAUCAAGUAUACAUGUUAGAGAUCACACAUCUGAAUACACUCACAAAUGUAAACACAAAUUCUGUACAUCCACUUAUUCUUUCCGCAGUAUAUGCUUUCCUAUGUGCGCAUGUAGAUUUGUUAUACAUGAUAAUAAAAAAAUAAUAAUUUAAAUAAAUACAAUUAAAUAAGAGAUUUUUUAAAAAUGUAAAAAUAAGUAAAUAAGCCAGUAAAAUAGGAUUUACACAUCAGCAACAAAACUAUAUAGGGUGUGAUCCUUCCAAUUUUAGGUUAUCAGAAAAGUUCAGGUCUAUGGGACGUAGAUGGUCUCUUUUUCACAGAAUGAAUUAAAUUGUUCCAUUUUCUGAUUUACAAAUGCAGUAAUUUGUUCCAUUUGAUAAAUUUCCAUUGUAGUUCCCAUCCACGCAUUUAGGGUAGGACUUUCAUAUGACAACCAUUUUUGGUAAUGCUCUUUUUUGGCAUCCACCAGCAAAAUAUUCAUUGGAUAUUUAUCCCUUUUUAACCAUUCCUCAGUUUUACAGUCAAAGGGUCUCACAAAGUAUCACAAUAUAUUGUAUAUGGCAUUGUUUUUCUUUCCAGUAUUUUUAAAUAACUGAGCAGUCCCAGAAAAUGUGAUCGAAUUUAUGAUUUUUAAGUAUGUGUUAGAGUAAAUCUUCAUUUACUUUUAUUUGCAAACUUUUUUCAUGGGAAAUAUACCUAUAAAUGUUAUAUUUUAUAUAAUUUUAUUUUUAUGAUUGGGUUUUAUUAGCCAAAAAUGAUUUUGCCACUGCCAAAUAAAUAAACAAUUUAAAUAAAACUAUUAAAUAGUGUUUAGAUUUUUUAAUAUAAAAUCAAGAAAACAAUAUAUAUAUAAACUUUAAAAUAUAAAAGGAAUUGAUUUAGAAAUGGUUGAAGUAAUUCAAAUGAAUGUGUAAAGCACUAUUAUAUUUAUAACAGUACAUUAAAUUCAGCAACAGCCAAACAGAAAUAGGCCUAUAUAUUAAAAACAAAAGACACGAGGUUAAAAACAUAUACUGACAUAUUAAAAAUAUAUAUAAAAACAUUUUCAGGAGAAAAAUCAAGAACAUUCAAAAUAACAUUUUCCUAUAAAUGAACAAACUCCGUUAUUUCAUUUUACAGAUUGAAAUUCUGCCUCUCUACAAAUGGCGGCGCGGGUUUGACGGCUUCCACUGCGGAUAGCAACUAAACCCGCGCCUGCGCAUUAACCGCGUCCGAGUGCCCGAUACAAGAUGGCGGAGUCGGUGGGGAGGGAGAGGCGGAGGCGGGUCCGAACCGAAUAGCGCAAAGCCUAUUGAGGACUCCAAACAAACCUCUCCAAGACAGGACAAAUGAGGAGCUAUGACGAGUGAAAACCACACAACAAUUAAGGCAGACUCGGCAUUGGUCAUGUCGCCCACCGGGUCCACGUCACAGGCGGCUCCGUUCUCACCCUCGACCAGCAAACCCAUCCAAGAGCUGCCAGAUGAGCUGAUCCAGGCUGGAUGGUCAAAAUGUUGGAGUAAAAGGGAGAACCGGCCGUAUUACUUCAAUCGAUUCACUAACCAGUCGCUGUGGGAGAUGCCUGUCCUGGGACAGCAUGAUGUCAUUUCAGAUCCUCUGGGAUUGAAUGCAGCUCCAGCCUCUGGUGAGGCGAAUGCUGAUGCAGGUCUGGGAAACGGGCAGCGUAAAAGACAUCCAUCAGAGGAUGCUUCUCAAGCAGGCCCUAACAGCUUCAAGAGGCCAAAGGUUGAGAUUCCAGCCACUCCAACAACUCCCACUGUCCCCAUUUCUCCCAGUACACCAGGAGUAAAACCUUGGGUUAACACCACCACAGAUGAGAAACAAGGCCAGGCCAGUACGCCUGCACCUGCACCGUACCGGCCCUCUGUAGUGUACUGGGACCUGGACAUUCAGACCAACGCUGUGAUUCGAGAGCGAGCCCCAGCGGACCACCUUCCUCCACAUCCUGAGAUCGAGUUGCAGAGAGCUCAACUCACCACCAAACUCCGGCAGCACUACCAUGAGCUGUGCUCUCAGCGGGAGGGCAUCGAGCCCCCACGGGAAUCCUUCAACCGCUGGCUUCUGGAGAGGAAAGUAGUGGAUAAAGGUCUGGAUCCUCUCCUGCCCAGUGAAUGUGACCCAGUCAUCUCUCCGUCCAUGUUUAGAGAGAUCAUGAAUGAUAUCCCCAUCAGGCUCUCUCGCAUCAAAUAUAAAGAAGAGGCCAGAAAACUCCUGUUCAAAUAUGCAGAGGCGGCCAAGAAAAUGAUCGACUCCAGAAAUGCAACUCCGGAGAGUCGAAAGGUGGUGAAGUGGAACGUAGAGGACACGAUGAACUGGCUGAGACGAGACCAUUCUGCCAGCAAGGAGGACUACAUGGAUCGACUUGAGCAUUUACGGAAGCAGUGCGGCCCUCAUGUGGCAUCGGUGGCAAAGGACUCUGUCGAAGGCAUCUGUUCAAAAAUCUAUCACAUUUCUGCAGAAUAUGUGCGCAGGAUUCGACAAGCUCACCUCACUCUACUGAAAGAGUGCAACAUUUCUGUGGACGGCACAGAGUCAGCGGAGGUCCAGGACCGCUUGGUUUAUUGUUAUCCUGUGAGACUGUCCAUCCCAGCUCCUCCUCAAACUCGUGUUGAGCUGCACUUUGAGAACGACAUCGCUUGUCUUCGGUUUAAAGGAGAAAUGGUGAAGGUCAGCCGCGGUCAUUUCAACAAACUGGAACUUCUCUAUCGAUACAGCUGUAUUGACGACCCAAGGUUUGAAAAGUUCCUUUCACGCGUGUGGUGCCUUAUCAAAAGAUACCAGGUAAUGUUUGGCUCUGGUGUGAACGAGGGGUCUGGUCUACAGGGGUCUCUUCCUGUUCCCGUCUUUGAGGCGCUCAAUAAACAGUUCGGAGUGACGUUCGAGUGUUUCGCUUCUCCUCUAAACUGCUAUUUUAAGCAGUUCUGCUCGGCUUUUCCAGACAUUGAUGGCUUCUUUGGCUCUCGAGGGCCAUUUCUCAGCUUUUCUCCAGCCAGUGGCUCUUUCGAGGCGAACCCUCCUUUCUGUGAGGAGCUCAUGGAUGCCAUGGUGACACACUUUGAGGAUCUCCUGGGCCGCUCCAGUGAGCCUCUGUCCUUCAUCAUCUUUGUGCCGGAGUGGCGUGACCCGCCGACUCCUGCUCUGACGCGGAUGGAGGCCAGUCGCUUCCGCAGGCACCAGAUGACAGUUCCCGCCUUCGAGCACGAGUACCGCAGCGGCUCUCAGCAUAUCUGCAAAAGAGAAGAGAUUUACUACAAGGCCAUCCACGGGACGGCUGUCAUUUUCCUCCAAAACAAUGCUGGCUUUGCCAAAUGGGAGCCCACAACGGAGAGAAUCCAGGAGCUCCUGGCAGCAUACAAAGUGUCCGGGCGUUCGCUGCCCUCACCCGGUCCAUCUUCCACUAAUACAGGAGAAAAAGACUCCAAACCAGCCCCGGAGCGCACAGCUCCUAGUCAAGACAACAGCAGUCCUGUGGACAAGACUGCACAGGACACAACAAACACUUAGACCGCAGCGCUGGCCGUGUGGACACCUGUAUGUAUUUCUGAGGUCACGUUUGAUUUCUUCAUGACAAAAUAUAUACUAUAUGUACCAACAAAAAGGUCAGUAAACAAGCAGAAGAAUACAUAUUUAUAAUCUAUUUUACACCCGGUCAUCCGUCUGCAAUGAAACCCAGUCCUUUUGUUUCCUAAAAUAUUGUACAGAAGACAAUAGCAGAUCUAAGAAAAAAAAAUGUUAAGGAUUUUGCAUCUUCUUUUCUGUACAGUACAAGCCUGUGUGAACCUUUAGUCCUAAUGUGGCAUUCUGGGUCACAUCAACUGUAGCAUUGAUAUCUAGCAGAAGUGGAAAAAAUGAACGUCAAUUUCUUAUUAGUUAUGAUAUGAAAGCAUUAGUUGUGAUGUUUUAUGGACCGAUCUCCUAAAUAUGCCGAACGCCGCUCGUUUUUGUUUUCUCCAGUGAGUCUACCUCCUUGUUUCAAGUGUUUUACAAUUGAGAACGAAAACAUUUUGAAGCAAAUGAGUGGCUUUAGAAACCACAUUGGCGUCCGUUUUAUUAGAAUCUAUUGCCUUGAUUUCACCGUUUCGUGUAUGUGAAAAGUGCUUUAAAAGAUGACUUUUUUUAUCGUAAUCAUUGAAAUUUGUUUACAUAAUAUUGAGUUUAAAUAAUGUCACUGGGCAGCGUUUUGAAUGUACAUUUUAAAAAAGGAAAAUAGAUCGAAUUUGGACUUUAAUUGUUGCAAUUAUUAACACUACAAUUGUUUUCGUUCUUUAGUUUGUUUGUUUUUGCCAUGCUUAUAUGCAUGUAGAAAUUCAUAUACUGUCAUUAAACCCAAUUACUUCCAUCUGUAUGUAAUCAUAGGUUUGCUUUGUUGAUUUUUAUCCACUGGACUAGGCAGCCAAACAUAGGAAAUGGCUUUUAUAUUGAGUUUAAAAGCAUUCCAGUGGUUAUGUAACCCAGUUUGCCAUUUAAAAAAAAAAUCCAACUCUUGGUUUGAGCAUUGGGCACUUGUUGGAUUUCCUAAUCCCAGAGUGGAUCACCAGCAAAACUGUAGAUGUUGUACAGAACAUGGAUAUGAAGUUUGUUGUUUUCCUACACGGCUGUCGCGAGUUUAUUCUAAAGAAGAAGAAAAACCUAAAACAAAAGAUGUCUUUUUCAGCGUUUUAUUUUUUAAUUUAACUCUUGGGUUCUGAAUAACUGUUUAAAAUGAUAGGAUUUAUGAAAAUAGUUGUUUUAAACUAAACCAAAGUGUUAUUAAAAAGAGGAGGAAUUUAUCUUGUAUCUUUAAGUAGAAUCGUGUACGAUUGCAUUAGACAUGCAUAAAGUGUAACCAGCAAAAACAUCCAUUUAUCCAUAACUUUAUUUUUAUAAUUCUCUCUCGUUUCGUUUUUGUUUGUUCCUUGUUUUCUUACGAAACUGUUUGGGGUUUUUUAUUUUGCAUGAUAUUUUUCAUUACAAAACUAUGAUAAAUUGUACAGAUCUGUAUUGUUGAAUUAGUUGUAAGCUUUGCCACACUAGGCUUUUAACCGAUUUGCAUUUAUCAGUCAUGUUGAUUGAUUUAUAUUGCGUUUGUGUCCUCUAAAAUGCCAUGAAUGUCUCUCCCUCCCUCCUGUGAUCUUAUUCUGAUAAAGACAAAGAUUCAGUGAAUGUAAAUAUGUCCGUGCUUAUAUGAUUUGUUUCUUCUACCUGUAUAUUAUCAGUGUUGUGGCAUUUCCCAUCACCUGAAGUGGUAUAAAGAUUUUCCUCUGAAUCAGAAAAGCUCUCAGUAAAAUAUUGAAAUCAUGAA